AGGGUGGGGGCCAAGUGGGCAAGGGCAGCUCUAUAAAGCAGAGCCACGGCACAGCAGGCGCUAAAGCCACCACCUCCAAGCCACGUGCCACCCUGCGACUGGAGACCAUGGCGCGGUGGUUCGCGUCCCCGCAUCUUGCCCCGCUGGUGCUGCUGCUACUGCAGCUGCUGUCACCAUCGACUGUUGCCCUGAAGCUCGGCUCUUGCCCUACGCCGCCCCCUGAUGCCGUGGGGACGUGCGACGAGGCGUGCAAGGACGACGAGAGCUGCCCCGGGGAGCAGAAGUGCUGCAGCAACGGCUGCGGCCACGGCUGCGUGGAGCCACUCGCACUGCACCCCGUUGACCCACUCCCAGACAAGCCCGGCGAGUGUCGCUACGUCAACACCGCGCUCGUCCGCUGCUCCAUCAAAGCCGCCAUCGACGAGUGCAAGCAGGACUGGCAGUGCCCGGGCAAGCAGAAGUGCUGCAACGUGGGGUGCAAGUUAAAGUGCAGCAAACCAGUCAAAAACAAGCACGGAUUUUGUCCGUACGUCGACACCAGGCUCAUCAAAUGCGCGUUCCGGCCCGACCUCAACAAAUGCCAGCAGGACUGGCAGUGCCCUGGCAAAGAGAAGUGCUGCAGCUCCGGCUGCGCCAUGAUCUGCACUCAGCCAGUGAAGGCUGGGUCGUGCCCGGUCCGGGACUUCUCGAACAUCGUCUGCAUCCGCUAUAACGACGGCUGCAGCAGUGACGACGACUGCCCUGACAAGCAGAAGUGCUGCAGCGUCCCGUGUGGGGUGGGCUGCGUGGAUCCAGAGCCGGUGAAGGACCAGAUCGGGAAGGAGUCUGAUGAAGAGGAGAAGGAGGAGUAGAGUCCACGCCCAGCAGCUCCACGUGCUUCUUGUUGCUGCUGCUGCUGCUCCCGCUGCAGAGCGUCUCUCGUCCCGUGUCUGGGGCUUCGCGGUGACGCGACCGAGCUCGCUCGCGCCGGCUAUCUGGAUGCAGCCGCUCGCUAUGGCAAUUCAACAGCUCCCGUUGGCUGUCCAAUAAAAGUGCUUUGCGCUGAAUGCUG